AAUUUUGGAGGAUAUUAGUGGCGCCCAAACUGAGUCUUGACAUCAAUCUUAGGUUACUAGUGUGAGCUAUGUAAAUAGAAUAGGAUUGUAGAUUGGAAUCCAAAGUAUGACCACAAUUCAUAAACUCAAACGCUAACUAAAACAGCCUUGAAUCGGUCGCAAUGGAGCAGUUACACUCGUUAUUCGUUUUCCAGUGCAUAUUGAGUCAGAUUGCAGAGUAGUCGUUAUUCAUCGUUUCUCCCGCUUUUUCCAACCAUGCCCAUAUUUAGCUUUACAUUAUUUUUUAUAUUGCUUUCUGUACUUUUGUUAAUUCUCGAUAGGUGCACUUAAUCGUAGGGUAGGGACUUUGGCGGAUACAUAUAUGUAUACCAAGUAUACAUAUACUUGUCUCAGAUCUUACGUUUUGGAUGACUGAAUGAUUGAAAAUCCCUGUUAAAGAGUAAGGGGCCUUCAUUUGUGAUAGCUUUAAGUCAUUACAGUCAUAUGCAGUAUAUACCAUCACCAUUAGCAUUAAUUUUAGAUUAAAAUGAAUUAAAGCUAACUUUACUGGCUUAGUUAAAGUCGUUUUUAAUCUUGAUUUGUAUGUAAUACAGUACUACCAUAGACAGACACCAUUAGUGUAGAGCCUGGCACAUAUAUAUCUUGGCUAAAGUCAUACUACAUUAGCACGGCGUGAUGGGAGUAAUUGAGAUCGGAAUAGUGUAGCAGCAAAUGAUAAAAAGACUACAAAGUGUAUUUUCAAAAAUUUUUAGGAGCUCAUGUCUUUUCAUCUGAUCACCUGAACAUAGUCUGGUUCUGUAUUACAUAUUAGUAUGCUUUAAAUUGUCUAUUGUUUGCCAAAGUUGUUAUUUUCUCUGCCCAUAAAGUAACUAGACGUCUUAAGAGCCACCCAUUCAAGCGUUUCAUUCUGUCAAAGUUUAUCCCAUUUUAUCACACGACUAGUGAGUAUUACUCAGUUAUAUCGAGCUGCAAACUCUAUGCAGUAUCAGCGAUAUAUACAUACAGAUUUUUAAGCAAUAAGUCUGCUGUUCAUAUUUCGAAUGACACCUGCCAGUUUUUCAAUUUGUGUGCUUAAUGAGAAAUGUAUACUCUUGUGUAACUUCAUCUGUUUUUAGUAUCCAGAAGUACUUCAUUUUUACUAUCACAUUUCUAUCUCCAAGUUAUGUUUAGGUUCAAUCGAAAUGAAAAUGGAUUGCCCAACCUACAUUGUGUGCAACCAUCAAAGGUAUUGGUUACAAAAUGGUCUUGGCAAGCAGUUCCCAUGUGGGCUAACUUCCCUGUGCAACAUGACGGUCAAACAAUGUAUGCUUUCACUCCAUUUAAAAAAAGUGUUCCAAUGGUAUUUCGAUUAUAAAAACAGAAAAUACUUGUUUACUUAAAGCAGAAGUAAACUAAGUAAACAGAAUCUAAAUAUAACUACAAAUUACACGGCUUAUAUCAAGGUUCCAAGCAACCAAAUAAACCUCUCGACUAUUAUGCCAGUAGUAUUUCCGGCGAAAAAGCUUAAUCUUUGACAUUGGCAUCGCAAUUGUAAGCUUUCUAAACCAUCUAAGCAUCAAAUAUCUCUUCACUGACUGUAGAAUACGUAAAUGAUGUACAAGUAUUUCAUUCGCUCUAUGAUAUACCAUUCAUUUUGUUCCAAUUAAGUAAAACAGUCUGCUGAUGUGUAGAUCGUUGUCCAUGUAGCAAGGUGCGCAGAUCAAUGGAAGUGGUGUUAAUCCAGUGAAUAAUUCUAAGUUUUGGCGUUUCCGUCUACCUUUUCAUAAUAACUGUAAUCCACUUUGUUAUGGUGAUCUAGAUCACAAUCGUCUCACUUGCAGUACAGAAACUUUUUUAUCUUAGAAGAUGGCAACAUGAGUAUUUGCUGUCGUUAAGUCGGAAUCAUUCCAAAAAUACUUAAGGGAUACUUUUUUUAUUUUCAGAGUAAAUUUUAUGAAAGAUUCUGGAGAAAAAACUUCAGUUUAAACUCCCUUAUCAUGUUGAAGUAAAAUAUAACCUAAGACUAUUUUAAUCGUCUUACUAAAAAUAUAUUCGAAUAUAAUCGGGAAUCGAGGUAUUCCUAAAAUAAAUACACUUUAGUGGAUACUUGAAUUUUGUAUUUGGUCAUAUGAGUAGUGAAAGAUGCACUUUCAGCUUAAUCCACAAAGCAAUUUACAUCACAAACUUGAAUCACAGAUAAUACUGAAUGAUACUCUAGAAAUAUUUUGUACCAUAUCGACGGAAAAGUAAGUGAAACGUUAAAGCACUUUUGCACAUCACUACAACUGUACAGUUAGCCAGUCACAUGUAACGUAGGACCUGACACAGACGUGCAUGUUUCGCUACAUUACGUAAAUACAGGGUAUUCCAGAGUAGUAUAAGUAGUAGCAGUAUGUGAUAACAGAAAAGGGGAUCAGAGAAAUGACUCGAUAAAAUAGGGAUUCAUAUGAUUGAAAUUUUUUUUUAAAGACAAUUAGGUAAUUUAGGAUCUAAACGAAAACGGAUGGUAAAUGUACUAACGCCAUUGUGAACAAUUACGAGCCAUUUAACCCAGUCUCUAACUAUUAGUUGCGAUAAUCGCACGAAACGCACCCAAACCAGGUUGUAUGCAGCUACCUACAUAGUUCAGAUUAACUGUCAAUGAUUCCGUGGACUGACGACACAUUUGGAUACUACAAUUGUACUGUUUAAAUCAUACGUUUAUUUCAACUAUGUGGUAUCCUUAUAACGUCACUAACCAUUAUUAGAGAUGUAACCAAAAUAGGAAGGUGAUACUGAUAUGUGUCAGGAGUAUAAAUUUUACUACGGGUUUUUGGAAUAUCUCCUUUCAUUGAUAUUUUACUUCCGUGUUUAGAUACCGACUUUCUUAAUUCAGUGUAUCAACUAAAACUCAUCAUUUACAUUACAUUCCAGCAGUAAUCUCAUGGGGAAUAAGAGCAAAGUGGAAUCACUUACUGUUUGUGAUAUUACAGAUGCUUCGAUUUCGAAACAAAAUUCUUUCGAUGAACCAUCCAGUUCCUUUGUUACUCCACACUCAAGUGCUCCUCCAUUGUCUACUGUUGUUCAGCCUGAGGAUGAAAUAAGACUAGUUGAGUUUCUUAAAGUUCAUGGAUUUCGGUGGUAUCAAGUUGUGAUAUUUCUCAUUUCUAUAAUCAGUUACCUCGCAGACAUUGCAUCCGAUGCAUACUUGGUUUAUACGUAUUAUAUUCAGGAAGAUUACUACUGGUCUAGUUUAACAAUGAUUUUCAUGGUUGUUCCCGCUCUCUUGAUGUCCAGUUUCAGUCUUGCGUGGUAUUUCAUUGACUAUAAAGUUCGAGUUGAUCCUCCGCGCAGCUAUCGAGCAUGGACGUUUAGACUGUUGUUUCAUGGACUCCAGUUGGCCCCACUGGUGAGGGCAGCUGAUGCUAUCUACUACGGUAUAGCAAGUCGACAACCCGGGUUAAGUCUUCGUGUAGCUGCACAAUAUACGCAGUUGAUGCUUUAUGAAGAUGCUGAUUGUGCUAUGCUUCGUUUGAUUGAAUGUUUCACUGAAUCCGCUCCACAACUUCUGUUACAGUUGUACAUUAUUUUAACGCAACCAUAUCCUGCACCUAAAUUUCAAAGUAUGUUUCUGUCCUAGAAUAAUGAAGCUAAUAAUAUUUUAAAUUGAUAUCAUGAAUGGAUGAAUGUUAGAUCACCGUCGAAAACCUGGAAGCACUGGACGGCCGUUUCGUCCUAGUAUGGGACUCCUAAACAGUGCGCAUCCACGAUCCCGCACGCGAGAUUCUAACCCAGGACCUCCAUUCACACAGUCACUCACGGAAGACAAUGGUGGACGGUCGCGCAAUAUCGUGUAUUGGUUGAAUUUAGACAUGAACACCGUUGGAUUGCCGGCUAAGUGGUCUAGAGGUUAUGCGUUCGCCCGCGAGACCCGAAGUCCUUGGUUCGAGUUUCUCGUGCGGAGUCAUAGAUUCGCGCUGUUGAGGAGUCUCAUACUAGGACGAAAUGGCCGUCUAAUGCUUCCAUGUUUCUGGUGGUGGUCUAGCAACCAUCCAUUCAUGAUAUCAAUUUAAACUCAACAAUCUCCGCAACCCAAUAUUAUUGAUAUUUCGUAAAUUUCUGUGUCAUGACCCUGUUAGUUGCUUAUAAAAAACUAUGUAGAAUAUGUUGCCUUUCAGUCAUAAUUCAUAUUUUAUAAACACUUGAUUUUACUCAUUAUAUCAUUUGCUAUAUCGCUAUGUGUAAUAAUUAUAAAGGUGACAAUAAAUCAUUAUGGGAAUUUAUGUUUAAGACUAAUGUGUUUUAAUUUGCAGUUUAACGGUUGCCAUUAGACCAUAUUUCUUAUAUUAUUUGUGACUAUUGCAAAGAAGAACAGACACACUUGGACGUGAUGGCCGUCCACUGCUUCCAGGUUUUCCAUGUUGGUCUAACUUAAAUCGUUUCAUAGUUCAAUGAAUAAUUGUAUUAUACGAUAAUAGAGUGUUCUUUAUGCUUCGAGAGAAUAGUCUUUCAUCAGUAGUUAUGUGAAUUUUUUAAGUCGGGUUAAACUACUUCAAAUUCCAUUUCGACUUGAAAGUUUCGUUAAACCCAUUUUCAUAGACUCAAAAAUUAUCAACACUCGUUUCUUUUAUCAUGUUUGAGUUACGUUCUAUAAACUUCCAAGUACGUUUCUUGCAUUUGUUUAUAAUGUUUACCGUAUCGUAUUUCCUUGAUUUUUAUUUGGAACAAUUUCUGGAUGAGUCUUAGCCAUUAGAAGUAGGAAAUAUGCGUAAAUUGUAAGCAUUCAUGCGUAGGUAUCUAAACGAUACUGUUUGGCUGUUGCGAAACGGACAAGGGAUCGACGUCAUUGUCAUAUUGUGGUGUGCGCUACUUAUAUACACAUAAGUAGUAUAUAACAAUAGGCGGGAAUAGAAUGUAUUUCAGUAGAAGAUCGAGAAGGAAAGAACGAGAACGGAAAGCAAUUGGUAUGAAAAUGCAAAACCAACGAAAUCUGAGACGACGGAGUGAUAUUUGCAAAAGAAACAGUCGAGUUUGAGACAAUGGAUUGAUAUUUUGAAAAUAAAGAUUUCCUGUAUGGUUCUCAGAUUUUAGUGAGAUAUUCUGCAAUUUCGUGUUCAAAUAAAUUCGGUUGUCCUCACCUGUGUUCUCCUUCACUGCAAUAUGAAGAGGUGACUUAUUGGUUGACAUUCAAAUUCCAAGCACUUGGUCGCUCUUUCGACCCUCGCUCCACUUACUUUAGGCAGCCAGAUAGAAUAAUUAACCUUCAUACAUAAAGUGUAGCCCAAAGUUGAGUACGCAAAUCUUUACUUGGUAAAUGAUUCAACUUAGGUGAAUAUGGUAAGUACAUAAAUGUUGAAUAAAUUAUGAUUUGAUGCAUACUGGGUAUAUAACUUUCGUGACGAAUAAAAAUUAGUAAAAUGUAAUCAGUUUUAUCUAAUGAAUGUUGGAAAUCUUUAAAAUUGUUAUUUAUUUAUUUAACAGUUUCAGACCGUCGUUUCGAUGUUUUUUACAUUGCUGAUAAUUUUUUCUUUCUGUUUUGUUGCGGGUUGGCACGGCUUAAGAAUAGUUAUUUUUUAAUACGAAGUUUUUCAUUGAUAUCUCUGUUUGUAUGUGAUAGUAUAGUAAUUGUUAAAAAGCCCAAUGAAUUGGUUACCGUUUACAAUGAAACAGUUUCACCUAUUACUCUUAAGGAACCUCAAGUGGUUUUUUACAACUUUUCCGACCAAUUUUCAUUUUCGUUUAGUUUGUUUGUUAUUUGUUCAAUUUUCUAACAUUCGAGAUUGUAAUUGAGAAUCCGUUAGUAGUUAUCGUUGUUGAACACUCAUUUGUUCCUUUAAUACAUUAGCAAAUUUUGCCAUUCGUCUAUGAAAGAAUGUAUGUUAUUUAAAUUUCUGAUAAGCCUUCACUAAAAGACCACUAUUUUUCUGAACCGCCGUGCGAAGAAUUAUGUGGCUGUGGAUUUUACUGGUAAGAAUGUUUGACCAACUACUUUUUUAAAAGGAACUAGAAAGCUACUAUUUGUCGGCAACGCGUGAACAGUUAAGUAAGGUUACGGAUUAACUUAAAAACUUUUCGUAAUGUCUUUUAUCAACUAUCCUCUAUAACUAUUUGGUUUUAUCAAAGUCUUCUUUAUUGUUUUUGAACUUUAAUUUAUCUUUUUCCCCACGUUUUGACAUUUAGUGACUGCACAAUUUGUUUCAUGUGUGUUUUCAUGGCUUUCAUUGGCGUGGUCGUUAACCUACUACCAAACUGCUCUACGUAGUUCACGUAUUGAAAAAAGAAAUAUCCAGACCUUAGGUAUUAUAUUCUUCUUUUUCUGGAAGGCUGGAGUGCUAGCAUCACGAUUACUGGCUCUAGGUAUACUUGCCUCUGUUGUCAAGGGAUUUUGGUUUGUAGUAGCGCUCGGUAUUCAUUGGUUGUUGGCUUCUGGUUGGUUAAUCACUCGCGGGACGACGUUUUGUUCAUCUAAUUCACGAGCGUUAGGAGAACUAACCUUUGAUUUUGUAUUAGGUGCAGUUUAUUGUUUUGAUGUGGUCAAUAUUCGUGAAGGACGAAGUCGAAUAUGGUAUGGAUCAUGUUACUUAAUAUUUGGCAUUGAAAACUCGGUAUGUGCGUCAUUAUGGUGGGUAACACAUUCAUUUAUUAAUGCAAGUCUUCCAAAAAGUGUGUUCAAAAAUCAACCAUCCACGUGGAACACCGUUUUACCUCCAUACACUCUUCUUAUUAUUGUGAUAUGCAGUUUUUGUAUGGGCAUAGUGAUGAUGAUCGUUUAUUACAUUACGUUUCAUCCAUCGGGAAAGAUUGAAUUAUGCAUUCCGUGUGAUGAACUGAUAAUAACUUCAGAACGGCAAGAUUCAUUAACUGUCGAUCCAAAUAUUCAACUGUCAGAGAAAACUAUCCAGUUAUCAGUUAUUAUUUGCAGGUCCUUUCGUGUAGCUUACAUGUUCUUUGGCACAAUUCACAACUUUAUGAGAAGACUCUUCAAUAUAGAAUGGAUCACAAUCUAUAAAUCCUAGUCUGUAUGGGAGUAAUAGGGAUUUCGAUGCAUCUGAAGAUGAUUAAUAGAAUGUCACUAUAUAUAUUCAUACAGUGUAGCUAUUACGUAACAAGGUUAUACAUAUUUAUAUUUCUUUUAUCAUAAGCUUUCAUUUCACCUAUUGGCAAUUGUUAUACAAUUUACCAUUCUUAAUUUAUUUCCAAUCUAUUACUUACAGUCUCGUAUACUCACAGCCACUUUUAGCUUGAUCUUGUAUAACUAUUAAUUUUCAUUUUAUAGUGUGAUGCGGCCUGGUCUGCUUGUAUGUAAACUACGUAUGUCUGAAACUUAUUAUUCAUACAGUAGUGGCGAAUAUUAUGUUCUGGACUCGACGGCCAAGGCUAGGCGAAAAUCUAUUACAUCGAAGAUUGAAAAGGAUUCAUAGUUGAUUCAAGACCGCUGCAAUCUACCCAAUGCUCAAUUUACUCAAAAUUAUCAAGUCAAACCUUGGCGAUUUUGUCACGUGGUAACUGACAGGGGCAAAAAUGAUAACUUUUAUUCGAAUUCAAGCAUCUCGAAGUGUUCUUCAUUUUAUGGAAAUUGUUCAUUGUGUAAUCUUAGGAUUCUUUUUUGGUUUUUCUGUCGCGCCAUGACGUUGUGAAAUAAUCAAAAUACCAACUUAUGAUAGUUUAUUCCAUUUAUUACUAUUAAACCAAAGAACAUUUUGUUUGUAUAUUGUGAAUAAUAUAUGUAGGAAAAUUAUUGAAUUAUAAGAUGCUGAUAACAUUUUUGUUUUUCUUUAAUUAACGUAAUCUUUGAUACCCGUCUAAAACAGUCUAGAACCAAAGAGAUUUUUGGAUGGAGUGGGAGCUUUCUAAAUUGAUAAAUAAAUUCCCAGUUCAUAUGAAAAUUAUUUUCAAAAGUGAACCCAGUGAACUAACAGUUUUAGACUGUUCAGAUUAAAGGAAUUGAAAUGGAAAACCAGAUCUUAUGGUGAGAAUAUAAUUAAUAGAUGACAUUUGAGCGAUGCUUAAGUGACCUUGGGAAUACCCACCUAAUUGCUAAGGUUAGAAGAUGGUUAUAAGUUGGUGGGAGGAAUUAGGGUUUCGAGUUAGCUAAAUAGAGUUUUCACCACGAAAUGGCAUACAACAUAAUGUGAAAAUUCUAUCUAACCAUAUGGACAAAUACAUCUCGCGCAAAAAGCUAACAUGUACUAUAUUUAAUUUCAUAGGCUGGUCCAUAGAUUAUAGUCUUGCCCAUCUGUCAUUUAGCCGUAAGCUUAGAAAUUUAAAUCGAUAUAAUUAUUUCAACUUGCCACAUACACUCGAUGCAAAACUCUUUUCGGAGUACUUAAUCAAUGUCACAGAUUUCAAAUAACUGAAAUUCAGUGAAGAAACCGUCUUAGUUGCAGAGUGCAGGUAUGUUUAAGAUCUAAUUAUUUACUUCGGAAAACUAAAUACUGUAAGAGAAAAAAUGUUCAGGUAUGUCAAAACGGUAAGAAAUUAUGUACAGAAAUAGACAUAUCUAUACAUUUCAUAUACAGAAGUUAAAAUCAUUUGAGAGUUGGUUAUUUGGCUGUUGUGACUUUUAGCUCGGCAAAACUAUCACUUAACUUAUUUGCCAAUCGGAACACGACUUAUACAAUCUCAGCACUGUGCCACUCCAAUGACGUAUCGACCGGUAUGUACAACCUAGCGUCCUUAUUGAUCUUUUUCCGCUUAGUCCUGCCAGUUCAGUCCAGAACACCAAUACCAGCUCCCAUUAUACGAAUCAUUUAUUUCAAACAUACUUGGUUUAUAAACGAGCCAAACAGAAAACAACACACCACAAAAUCAGACCUAAAAGUGGCUGUGAUUGUGGAAGAUGGUAACUAAUAAACUGGGCAUAACUUAAGAACAGUUAAUCGUAUCAUUAUAGUUUAUAGGUCAAAAUGAAGCUUAUAAUAAGAGGAAUAUAAAUAUACAUAAUCUAGCUACCGAACAGUUA